UCCAAUUCACUACCACCUACCACACCAUACUGUGUUUUAUUCUUCUCUCCCUCCUUCAUUUUCAUUUACUUCUCUGGAGGUAUAUAACUAUUAUUCUUUUUUUUUUUUUAAACAUAAAAAUUGUUUAAAUCUUUUGCCAUGGGAACCCAGAUUUUGCGGCCUCAGGACUGUUUCGUAGAACGAAUCAUGUCUCCUCCCGCUGACUUUUCCCGGCGGAGGAGUUCCGGUAACUACUGUAAUUAUUAUUACCACAGCAACCAUGUUGCCACUUCCAGGUCGUGCCGGAAGCCGGUUGCCCGACCCGAUAAAAAGAAACGGGUUGUUCCGGCUUCUGGCAUGCCGCUGGUGGCGGAGACCUCGGCGGCGGUGUUUAGGAGACCGAGCAGUGAUGAUUCCAGGGUGGCGAGGAGCAAUGGUUUGGAGAAGGUGACGAUUCUACGGAGGGGCCAGUCGCUCGAUUCGGCUGUGAAGAGCGACGUGUACGCCGGAUCGGCGUUCGCUGUGUCUCCGUCGCCGGAAGCGCUUCCUCUGCCGUCUUUUUCGACGAAGAAGCAGGCCUCGGCGGCGGUUGAUGACUCCGCCACGCGAGAUCUGAGGCGUCUGCUCCGGCUCGAAUGAAAACGAGUCGGGUUGCUGUCCCGGAUUUGGAUCGGGUCGGACCCCGACAAAUGAUCCAUAUUACAGUCUCUCUUUCUCACCUUAUUAUUAUCCAGAAUAUUCUCUUUCUCGUCUUCUCUCCGUAACCGUUAACUUUAAGCCCGUCCCGGUUUGAAGUUCUGACCCGAUUGUGAUUUUUUUAAACGAAAGGGUGGAUGAUCUGAACUAGGGGGUGAAAUGUUUAAAGGUUUGGAGUAGCGUUUGAAGCCGUGAGGCUUUGAUGAUGUAACAUGUAACUUGUAACAUAUUUCUAGGGUUGCUUAUUAAAACAUUAAAAUAAAUUUUAGUUUUUGUAGUUCAAAGGGGUGGGAAAAAAAAUUGAGUAAGAAGGGGGGAUAACUAGAGGAGGAACUGGAACGUAGUUUUGUAAAAUCCAGAAAGUGUUUGAAUUUUGUGUGGGUUGGGCUUUCAGUUUCAGCCAUGAACAGUGUGAAGUGAUCAACAAGUGAAUGGUUCUUGUUCUGUUGUGAAUUUGCCAGCUUCUUGUACGCUAUUUUUGUAAAGUGGAGUAAAUUAUUAACUCGGGGA